CACCUUUUCAACCGUCGAUCCGUUAUUUUAUCAUAUUCAACUCUCAAUUUAUUCGACCUCUUCACCUUCUCAACAGUCAAAAACAAAAAAUAAAGCUUUUCAGCCAUGGUGACAAUUCGAUCUUUCGCUUUUGUCCUUUUGGCCUUAAGCACAGCAUCUCUUUCAUUGGCAAUUCCAGAGAGACCAUAUGCGCCUGAUCUUUAUAACCGUGAUUCAUUGGACGAAAAUUCCAAUAUCAUCAAACGUUCUUCUCCUUCCGAUUCCGCUAAACCUUAUUCACCUGAUCUAUACUUUCGAUCUGCAUUAGACGAUCAAUCCGCUUUUCCAACAAAAUCCGCUCCACAAUCUUUCACAACUCAAAUAAAUAAACGUUCACCGUCUGUUUGCAAACGUGAUUCGGAUUGCGGUGGUGCUCAUUUCUGCUCAAGUGGAAGUUGCUUUAUGCGUAAAGCAAAGCGUGCUUUGUGUGGCCGUGAUGCAAUGUGCACUUCCGGCUUUUGUGGCUCUCAAGGAGCAUGCUUGGAAAGACGCUCGAUCGGAAGUUCAUGUGCAGACAGUACAAACGCUUGCGCAGACGGUUUAUUCUGUUCAGGAAUUGAUAAAAAAUGCAAACAGAAACGUGGAAUUGAAGAAGCUUGUCGAUUCUCCGAAGGAUGCCAAGAAGGUUUGAGUUGCUUAAACUACAAAUGCGCCAAAUCAUUGGUAAGCAGAACUUUAUCUUCCGAUGACGAAGACGGGGAUGAUCAAGAAGACUUCAUCUCAGCUUUGCAGCACAAAUUGGAUGACUUGAAGGAAGAUGGUCAAGAUUUCAUCAAAAAAUGGAAAGCAACACCAAGCGGUAGCCCUGAUCAACCAAUCUGGUUCGGCAAGAGAUCAAGUCCAAGCGGUAGCCCUGAUAAGCCAAUCUGGUUCGGUAAGAGAUCAAGUCCAAGUGGUCAUCAUCAUGACCCAAUCACCUUGCAAGAGAAUGCAAAUGAACCAUCUCACCCAGCGCCAUCUCUAUGA